AAUUUUUUGUAAUCCUUCCUCAUCAUUCGGUCUGGAGACUAGGAGCCAUAUAUAUUCGUCCGCAAUGAGACCUCGAACAGAUAGAAUCCCUAACACCAAUGCGGUUGACACAGACGAGGAAAUGGGACCAAUCGAAACUGAGCGCGCCUUUGCAAACACCAGGCAGUUGGUGGAGGGUCCUUUCGAUCGUUCACCAGCACCCGAAGAAAGUGCCUCUGGUGCCUGCACUACAUGUGUUCGAGAGUGUAGCCGGGAGGGCUGCGACACCAGAGCGAAGCGCUUGGGCGAUUCGUCUCACGCCUAUAGUAGUACUUUUGGCUACCGCAGUGCUUGCAUCAUAGCUACACUUGUCCUUGCUGUUGGAGCGGGUGCAUCCUCUCUGAUUCUCGGCGCAGGCUAUCAUGCAUCUCAACAAAGUCAGGAAUCGCAGUAUCAGAGGUUGGGCGCGGACCUAAUACACUUGUUUGAAAUGGCGAUCAAAGAGCACCUUGUGGCAGGGCUUUGGAUUCACCAAGCUUGUCGCCAACGACGAGAUUCGUUGACUCAUCAAGAGUUUCGUGUUGUAUACGAGUCCCUUGCCAGCACAGGGCUCGAUCUCCAGGCCAUUGGUUGGGCCAUGAAUGUCACUGGCGCUCAGGAAAGAGCACAGGUAGAAAGCCAUACCCGUCAGUUCUUGCAAGAAGAGUAUCCAGAGUUCAAUUACACUGGGUUCAGGGGAUUCGAUCCCACCCGAGACGAAAACCCAGCCACCCUGCACCACGAUCGCACGCAUUACUAUCCUGUCCACUUUGUCGAACCCCUGGAAGACUUGACUGUUAAGGCAGCACUCCUUGACUUUGACAUUAGUACAUCGCUCGUACGUCGAAAUGCCGUCUUGGAGGCUGUCAACACGAAGCUGCCUGCCAUGACUUCUCGCAUGAAGGGUCUUCAAAACAUCGACAGCGUUUCGUAUUCUACGAUGAUCAUGCAUCCCGGAGUAAGCCUCAGCGACUCCACUCCAGAGUCAGCUCGGCGUCACGUAGGCGACGUUAGCAUUGUUGUCAUUCGAAUCCAAGAGAUGAUUAUGAAGAUUCGAAGACAAUUCAACGUAGCUCAACCCGUGUCCGUCUUCCUUUACGACUCAACCGAAGACCUCGGUAUAGCACAGAAGUCGUCGUCGUCAGUUCCCGAAGCUCCAGCUUUCUUGGGAGGGGCACAAUUCCAUGCCGACCAAGGGUUCGACUUCGACUCUCAUCAUCAUGAAGAUCAUGACGGAAGUAACUUGCUCACUUUCUCAACGGAACAAGGACUCGAAGAUGUCCGAGCCUCCAGUCAUCGCUACCGGUUCGAGAAAACUAUGUCCGUUGCCUCUCGAAGGUGGACAUUUGUGGCUGUUUUCCAUGAUUGCACACUACCUCCCACUCUACCGUUCCUUGGUUUGGGCGCUUCUCUAAUUUUUCUGGCUUCGCUGUUUUUGGCGUUCGGUAUGGUCAGCAAUCAUCGCCGCACAACCAACAUUCAUCAGCUCAAGGCUCAAGCAAGCGCGGAGAGAGCCAACCGAAUGAUAGAACAAGAGAAGCAGUCCACAGAGAGGCAGCGAGAACUUAACCAGUUUGUAUCGCAUGAAAUCCGCAGCCCUAUUGCUGCGGGAAUCUCUUCGUGCUCCUUCGUCCAAAGCGCUUUGCAAGAUUGCCGAAACAACUCCUGCGUGAACAGGGAAGAGAGCAAUCAAGCCGAGGGCUCAGCCAAGGUUCUGAUCGAGGAAGCUGAGCUUCAAUGCAUAGAAGAGGAUGUUGCUGUCAUCGACCAAAGUCUCCAAUUCGUCAACGAUCUCUUGCGGAACAUUCUGGAUCUCCACCGGGCCAGUUGCAAUCAAAUGCAGAUCGAAAUGGAGCCUGUGAAUCUCCUACAAGAUGUCUUGGAACCAGUGGCUUCUAUCUUGCAUCAGCGCCACAUUCCUGACUUUGAAGUGCUUGUGGAGUGCGAAGACAAUCUCAUUCUUCUGACUGAUAAGCUAAGGCUCAAGCAGACAGUUCUCAAUUUGGGCCGGAACUCGACCAAAUUUGUCACUACAGGCUUUGUCCGACUGGGCGCAGCUGUUGUGAACGGCAACGUGCAGGUGUAUGUCGAAGACUCUGGUCCAGGCAUUCCCCAAGAGAAGAGAGAGCACUUGUUUGGCCGGUUCCAGGACGCGCUGGAUGCUCUUGGGCAAGGAACGGGGCUUGGCUUAUCUUUGUGCAAAAAGCUUGUGGAGCUCAUGGGCGGUCAGCUGGGCUUGGAUGAGUCCUAUGACAGCGGUGUCCCCGGUUGCCCUGGAGCGCGCUUUGUGGUAGACCUGGCAACUGAACCCAUCGAAGAAUAUGAACUGUUUUCUUCAUUGGAGGAAGAUGGCGACAGCGUAACCCCCCUUCCCACUUUACAAGAACUCCAGCAAGUUAUGCCAGCAAGAGACCGUCGAUUGCCCGAGAACAUGACGGUUCUUCUCGUUGAUGACGAUUGGCGACUCCGUACGCUCUUUUCGAAAGCUUUGAGCCGCGUCACGGAGGGUUGGACCAUUCGAGAAGCCGCCAAUGGGGAGACAGCUCUGCGUCUCGUCGAGGAAACCAAGUUCGAUCUGGUGUUCAUGGAUCAGUAUAUGAGUUGCGUCGUCAAGCAGCUCCUGGGGACUGAGACCGUGCAUGCCAUGAGAGCCCGUGGGGUUUCUUCCAUCAUUUGUGGAUUGUCGUCCAACGAUGUGGAAAAAUCCUUCCUUCAGGCCGGGGCCGACUGUUUCCUAUCCAAGCCACUUCCGACGGAGCAGGAAUCGUUGACAGAUACGCUGUUCCAUGUACUAGAUUCGGCUCCUGUGAAAGAAGGACCGGCGUCGCAGAAGAAGGCAAAGAGACCGUCGUUCACAAGCCGCAAGUUUCUCAGGAGCGACAGCGGCAUAUGCACACUGCUUGACGACAUUUCCGAGAGUGACGAAUCUGUUGCUGCUGUGUACGCUUUGCCAAAGGCCUUGAGGGUCAUGUUUGUGGAACCUGACAUGGAAGUGUUCGAGUCGUACCGAAGCUGCAUCCGACAGAUUGCGCCGUGUUGGACGUGUCAUCAUGUAUCGGAUGGCAAGACGGCAAUCGACGUCGUUGCCGAGCAUGACCAGCACUGGGACCUGAUCUUCUUGGAUCAGAUGGGCUGCGACAAGCAGAACGGUCUACUGCUGGGUACCGACAUUGUCACCGCGAUGCGAGAGCUGGGAGUUGAAUCUGUCGUCUGUGGAUUGUCGACCAACCAGAGUGCUCGCAAGGACUUUCUCGAUGCGGGAGCGACUUGUUUCCGGACCAAGCCCCUGUUCACGACCCCAGAAGACUUCGCCCUGGAACUGUUGAGCAUUCUAGGGAUACCACCAUCCGAAGCAACCCAGGGUACACCAGCAAGACUUCCUCCUACCAACCCUACUGCUGCUCGAGCCAACAGCCCGCUGGGGCAACCAGCGACAAGAAAUUCAGCUUUGGUAUCAUCAUCAUCGCAGCUGCUCCCGCCAAACUUGUCCGUCCUGCUGGUGGAUGAUAGUCCCAUGCUGCGCAAGAUGUUCUCUCGAUGUUUCCAACGUGUCACUCAUGGCUGGACCAUUCAUGAAGCCAGUACAGGAGAGGAUGCCCUGUCCGUGUUGGAGUCUCGUGCGGUGGAUAUUGUCUUUUUGGAUCAGCAUACCAAUUCCUCCAUGCUUGGAACCGAUGUUGCCACGGCCAUUCGGGAACAAUACGGUGCUGCCAUUACCAUUUGUGGCCUGUCCGGUGACGACAUUGAAUUUGAUUUUCUGGAUGCAGGGGCGGAUUGCUUUGUCCGCAAGCCGUUUCCCUGUGACCCAGACAAUCUGACCAAGAUGCUUUCUCGUGUUGUGAAUAGUCGAGGACGGGAAGAGCAUACCAGCCAGCCGCUGCUGCCACCGAAUCGAAAUGGUGUAGCAGCCGAGAUGGCUUGAAGUAUAUUGUAAAUAUCAUUCGAAACCAUUCAUGUUUCUGAAUAUAGCUAGAAUAAUCUCAAUGCAAAAAUAAAUAAAGCAGCCACUGUCCGUAAC